UAUCCUGACUUUGAAAUGACCAAGUCAUCGCUGCUGAUCUGCUACACGCGUUUUCAAAGCUCUUUAACAUAAAUCUUUAGUUCAUAGCUCCAAAGGCAAGCUGCUACAAAAUCCAGACAGAUAGUAUACUCAGAUUUUGGUCGAGUAUGGCAUCAUCAUCAUCAUCUUCAUUGUAUGCUCGCAUGAUGUAUGAUGUUUUCUUGAGUUUCAGGGGUGAGACACGAGAAUCAUUUUGCGAUCAUCUCUAUGCAGAUUUGAGACGGGCUGGAGUUAACACCUUUCGGGAUGAUGAAUCAAUCCGGAGAGGAGAGAAUAUUUCUGUUGAGUUAUCUAGGGCCAUAGAGGAGUCGAGGAUAUCCAUCAUAGUAUUCUCCAAAGACUAUGCUGGAUCCCGAUGGUGUCUAGAUGAACUUGUGAAGAUCAUGGAAUGUAAACAAAAGUUGAAUCAGAUUAUUUUUCCCAUAUUCUACAAUGUUGAUCCUUCCGAGGUUCGCAAACAAACAAGCACUUUUGGUGAUGCAUUGACUCUACACAGACAACGAUUUGGAGAUCAAAAAGUUAAUGAGUGGAAAGAUGCACUCACUGCUGCUGCUAACUUGUCCGGAUGGGAUUUGCAAACCAUGUCAAAUGGGUAUGAGUCAAAGUUCAUUGAGGUGAUUACUAAAGAAGUGCUACGAGUGUUGAAUUUUAUGCCCAUGAAUGUUGCAAAGUAUCCCGUUGGAAUUGAUUCUCAUGUUAGAGAAGUACUUGAUUUAUUACAAACUCAAACAAAUGAUGGUAUUCGGAUGAUUGGAAUUUUUGGCAUGGGUGGUGUUGGGAAAUUAACCCUUGCUAAAGCUAUAUACAAUCACUUGAUCAUGAGUUUUCACGGGUUUGAAGGUAGUUGCUUUGUUGCAAAUAUUAGACAAGAAGUUUCUAAUAAGGGACGACACAAUGGUUUAGUUGGUUUACAAGAGAAACUUCUUUACAAAACACUUCAGAGAAAGAAUUUUGAAAUAGAUAAUGUUGAUGAAGGAAUAAGUUUGAUCAAAGCAAGGCUUCAAUCCAAAAGGGUUCUUAUUGUUCUUGAUGACAUAGACCACAUAAGUCAAUUAGACUCAUUAGCAGGUCAGCGAAAUUGGUUUGGUUCAGGUAGUACAAUUAUAAUAACAACUAGGGAUGUUCACUUGUUGAGUGAGCUUGGAACACAAGAGAAGUACAAGGUUAAAACAUUAAGCAUUCAUGAUUCUUUGCAACUCUUAAGUUGGCAUGCUUUUGGUGUUCCUAUAGCAUUAGAAGAGUAUAUUGAAGUAUCGAAAACGAUAGCAAGUUAUACUGUGGGACUUCCAUUAGCACUUACCAUUAUAGGUUCUCAUUUGCGUGGAAGAUCAGUGCAAGAGUGGAUCGAAGAUGUUGAGAAAUUAAGAAGCAAUCCUCAUGAAGAUAUUCAAACAAUUCUUGAAAUAAGCUAUGAUGCACUUGAUGGUGAUACUAAAAACAUCUUUCUUGAUAUUGCUUGUUUUUUUGUUGGGCAUGACAAAAAAGACACUGCUAUGAUAUUGGAAGCUUGUGAUUUUCAUGCUGAAAGUGGAAUCAGAAGUUUGAUAGAAAGAUGUUUGUUAACAAUAUAUGGAGAUGGAGAAUUUAAAAUGCUUGAGAUGCAUGAUUUAGUACGGAAUAUGGGAAGAGAAAUUGUUCGGAAGGAAUCUCCAAAAAAUCCUGGCAAACGAAGUAGAUUGGUGGACCCAAAUGUUGUUUUUGAUGUUCUACAAGGCAACAAGGUAAAACAUUUCCUUUUUACUUGAGUUAUUAAUCUAGUUCAUUUGCUUGUAAUACUUAGUUUUAUUAAUAAUAUGAAAGAUUUUA